CCCGUUUGCACACCUCAGUGCCAGAGCUCCUCCUCUCACUGCACCAGUGGUGUGCUGCGUCCAUGGCUCCCGCCGACCUCAGCUCGCACGUCCCCGCGGCCGCGGACGCCGCACCCAAGUCCCUCGCCAAGCCAAAGCAAGAAGAGAUCAGCCCUGCGGCGGCCGACGUGGAGGCGGGUGGCGGCAGCCCGGGCGGCGACGGCGUCAACUACGCAGCGCGCGCGCAGUGGCUCCGCGCGGCCGUCCUGGGCGCCAACGACGGCCUCGUCAGCGUGGCCUCCCUCAUGAUCGGCGUCGGCGCCGUCAACGAGUCCAGGCGCGCGAUGCUCGUGUCGGGCGUCGCGGGGCUCGUGUCCGGCGCCUGCAGCAUGGCCAUCGGCGAGUACGUGUCCGUCUACGCGCAGUACGACAUCGAGGUGGCCCAGAUCAAGCGCACCCGCCGCGGCCAGGACGGCGACGGAGGCAGCGGCGACAGGAGCAACCUGCCGAGCCCGACGCUGGCGGCGGGGGCGUCGGCCCUGGCGUUCGCCGCGGGCGGCGCGCUGCCGCUUCUGAGCGGCGGGUUCGUGCGGGCGUGGGCGGGCAGGGUGGCGGCCGUGUGCACGGCGAGCAGCGUCGGGCUCGCCGGCUUCGGCGUGCUGGGCGCGUACCUGGGCGGCGCCAGCGCGGUGCGGUCCGGGGCCCGGGUGCUCGUGGGAGGGUGGCUCGCCAUGGCCACCACCUUCGGGGCGCUUAAGCUCUUCGGAGUGCACGCUGCUUAGGCGCGCGCAAAUUACGGGCAUAAGUAUAUAUUUUGACGCAGAAAUAACUGAGCCAAUGGAUUACUAGAACACAAGACUGGCAGAGUAGCGCUAGGUCUGUUGGUGCUUCGCUUUACGAAAACAUACUACUGUAUCAUGUAGUGCUGAUAUAUAUUGCUGCUAACGUGCAUGUGCCCGGUCGUACUACUAGACAGGAGAUCGUAUAUUUGAACACAGAUUAUGAAGUUUGCUGUUGCUGGCCUAUGAA